AUGCCUGCGCCACUGGCCAAAGGCACCGGCUCGUGCUUCGCGUCUUCGCCAGGCAACACUCAAACCCCGCCGCAUCGUCCUAACCAUCCCUUCACAUCAGGCCUCAUAAUCGCCGCGUCCGUUAUCGUCGCCGCCGGAAUCGCCAUCUACGAAUCGCCUCAAGUCCGACAAUGGGCCGACCAGACCCGUCGCAAGAUCGCCGUCGCGCUGCACAACCUCGGCGAUGACAUUCAGCCUCGCCGCCCGAGCGAAUCGUCCGAUGACUUCGAAGCGAGGAAGCGUAGAAGAGAGGAGCUGGUUAGGAGAAACAGGAACGAACUGAUCAGGCGGGCAAGGGAAGAGGGCGUUGCUGUCGACCUGGAUGAACUGGCUAGGAUCGGCGCUGAGACCGCCGAAGUGGCUGCAAAGAGGUCAAGGGCUGAUCGGACGAGAAGCUUCGAUGACAUGGUUGGCAGCGAUGGCAUGCUCAAGGAUAACGCAACGGCAACUGGUACGGACAACUCGAAUGGUAAUCUCAAGAAGCGCGGUGCUGCUGGCUUUGCCGCCGGCUCGGCUGCCGCUGCUGCCAUGGCCAACCCCUUCUCUGACGACCAAGUACUAUUCGACCAUGACUACGACGAAGACGCUCCCGCACCCAAGGAGUUCACUUACGAAGAAUCUGCCACUCGCGAAAGCUCUGCUACCAUCCAGCCCGAGGUCGUCUCAACACCCACCACUGGUACACUCGUCGACCUCACACCCGACCCUGAGACUUCCAUCCCUGAGACCUCUUCGCCCGCACAGCCCGCACAGGAUGACGUCGACCAAGCCGCGCAAUCCUUCUACUCCUUCACAUCCUCCACCUCGGAAGCAGGCGAACCUGCUCCAUCUCACCCCUUCUUCGAUGACGACGCUGAGCACCUCUCCACCGGUACCCUGACGCCCCGCUCUGAGCGCUCAAUGACCAUGAGUGCUGCCUCGGUCGCUGACAGUCAAGCCAACGAUGUCGCCAUCCUUAGCAUGCCGAACAGUGAACAGAACGACAUGGACCACGACGCGCGUUCUGAGGGCGGUUUCACAGAUGCCUUUUCAGAAGGUGGCUUCAGCGAGUUCGACAACGACAGACAGGGCAUCAUGACACCCACUUCCUGGACAGAUGUUGGCAGUGAUGACGACAGUGAGUGGGGUGGUGCUGGUCAGGCUGGCCACGUCAGCCAGAUACAUCAGUAG